CUCGCGCUCUCUCAAACAUUCGCCAUUAAUCUCAGCAUCUCGAGAAGAGAAACGAGAAACCCUAGCGAGAGAUCUUGGAGAGCUCGACUAAAGCUUCUUCCCUCAACUGAAAACUCUAGUCCCUUCCUUUUAUUAUUAUAUAGAGUGAGUUUUUCUCCAACUCUUUCAUGGGAGAUAUCUUUUUGUACCACUUGAGGCACAAAUCAGAAGUAGAAGUUGCGAGAAGAUUUUUUAUUAUGGGUAUCAAAUCAAACAAUGAGGAAAGUGAUGAUCAUUCUUGUCAUGAAGAUAGCAAUGUGAAAAGAGUGUCAAGGGUGCCCAAGAGGCUUCCUCAAAAAGAAUUAGCAGAUAGCUAUCCUCGCCCAUUGAAGGGAAAUAAAGAGUGCAAAGAGCUCUUAUCAACUUCAGUUUAAAGCAUCAAACAAUGGCCAGAACAGACUGCAGAAACCGAAGAUGGUUGCUUCAACAACUAAGAGCCUCAAUAUUAAGAAAGAAAAAUUUAUGACAUCUCCUUCAAAACCUCUAUGUUUAUUUGAAGCAUCUGAUGAGAAAACCGCUGAAGAAGUUAAAGAUGUUGAUGCCUUAGGUGCUCUGAGCUAUGAUCAAAGAAAUAGAACAGUUGAUAAAACAACUGAUCUAGGAGAGAUUGACAAAGAUGAUGGUCAGGUGAGUGUAUGUAGGAAAAAUCGAGAAAAUGGAAUAUAGAAUUAAGAAACUUGAGGAGGAGCUUAGAGAAGUUGCUGCGCUUGAGAUUUCUCUCUAUUCUAUUGUACCAGAGCAUGGGAACUCCGCACAUAAAGUACAUGCACCUGCCCGACGUCUCGCUAGGCUAUAUAUUCAUGCUUGCAAACAUUGGACUCUGGAUAGUAGGGACCACUGUUGCUUCGAACAUUGUUUCAGGGCUUGUGCUAAUUACCAAAUCAUGUGGAAAUGAUGUAUCAAGGCUGACCUUUUGGCUAUCAAAUGUAAUAAUCCUUAGAGAGGUUGUUUCCCAAACCUUCAGCUGCUUGUCUCAAUUAAAUACAGUUUUGAAGCUUGUUGGAACAAAUGAUGGAGCCAAAGAAAAGAGGAAGAAACUUUCUCCUUUGAAAGAUAAAGACAGUAAUUUUAGCAAGCAAACAAAAAGGCCUGAUUCAAUGCAACCAGCAGAUGAUAGGCAGGAAGCUAUCUCAAUGAUAUCUGCUUUAGAAAAAAUUGAAAUCUGGCUUUUCUCUCGGGCAGUAGAAUCAGUAUGGUCGCAGUCCUUCGAUCUACUUAUUCCUGUAGAGGGUUUGUUCACAACAAACAAAUUUCAGGGAUCAUUAGAAACAGCACUUGAUGAUCAGCAUGAGCGCAAUUCCUACAUAAACAUAUGGAAAAGUGUGUUUCAUGAUGCAUUUGCCAGAAUCUGUCCAGUUCAAGCAGGGGGACAUAAGUGUGGAUGCUUGCCUGUCCUGACCAAAUUGAUAAUGAAGGAGUGCAUAUGUAGAUUAGAUGUUGCCAUGUUUAAUGCCAUUCUACAAGAGGAUUCCGUCAAGGUUCCUGCAGACUCUGUAUCAGAUCCAAUUGGUGUGAAAUUUCUACCAAUUCCAGCUGGAAAUCUGAGCUUUGGAUUUGGUGUGCAGCUUAAAAGUUCUAUAGGAAUUUGGUCCCGGAUACUAACAGAUCUAUGUCGCAUAGAUGUGGAAGCUGAUAAACAAAACGACAACGAUGAUGAUAAAAGGACAGAUGUGAAAUCAAAACCUUUUUGCCUUCUUGAUGAACUGAGUGAUCUUCUGAUGCUUCCCAAAGACAAUCUUCUUAAUGAUGCCACAAGAAAAGAGAUCUGCAAAUCACUUGGUCCAUCUGCAGUAAAACAUGUAGUAAAUAAUUUCACACCAGAUGAAUUCUUGCCAGAUCCGGUUCCUAACGGUGUCCUGGAAGAGCUGAAUCGCGAGAGUUGUCUUAUUAAAAUGCAGUGUUUGUUGAAGUCAUUAAAGAAACAAAGAAUCCCAUUUCCAAGACCUGCAGCUGAAGUUGUGUACUCUGCUCCGGCGGGUGCCGACGUGGCGGAGGCAGUGGCCGAGUUAGAAAGGAUUGGAUCUUUGGUUCAGUGCAAUGGUUAUGCAAGUGAUGAGGAUAUGUAUGAUGAUCUUGAUUCAUCUUUUUCAUCAAUCAUUCUUGAGAAUCCAGUUACUUUGCAUUCAGGAUUUGAAACACAAAAUCAGUACUACAAAGGGGUGAAUUCAAGAUAUAAGCUUCUUCACAAGGUCUGGUUAAAGUGA